GCUACGUUAAUUUAAAUUACUCCUUCCCCUUGGCGACCCUCUCUCCCAAUCUCUCGACUUCUUACAACAAGGGUCAACGAUCCUUCACCUAACCUAGUCCAUGUGAAUCAAUUAUUGAAUCCUAUGCCCAGUCUGCCUUACCGCCCCCUAUGGACGAUGACGAUGCUUCUCCGCAUACUCCACCUAGCGGGAGAGACAAUAUUGCCCCGAGUCCGACUCUAAGCUCUCCCACCGCUGUCUCCUCUUCCUCCGCCUCAACAUGCGCUCCUGACCUCGCCGACGGCACGCCGCUCGCUUCCGCCCACGCUAUCGUCCAUCUGAUCCAGUGCCCGCGAUGUUCACAACCGCUUCAAGCGCCACUACGGCUGCCCUGCGGAAACGCGCUAUGCCGAUCUUGCCUCCCGCCGAUCCGCGACCGCCCGGGCAUCUCAUACCCCGCGAUUGAGGAGCGAAAGCGCGGGUUUACAUGUUAUUGGGAAUACGAGACCGGGUGCGACGGAGAACAUUGUUUGGGGGACUGUGGGAGCGACGUUUUGUUGACGAAAUUGGUGGAUGUCUUCGAACGAGUGCUCGGUGGGCCGCUACCGGCCGACACGGACACAGACACAGACACAUGCCGUUUAUCCGGGGAUGGCUACAAGGUGAUGUGGGAUUCGGGCGUAGGAGGGCAAUUACGGGAGAAGACGGUGACGGGUUUGAGUGGGGGGCGAGGGCUCCUCGAGGGCAUGUACGACCUUGUUCGACGGGGCCAAUUCGACUACGAUGCUUCUGGGGUUGAGUAUGAGUGUUUUGGGGACAUUGACCGGGGCGAGGAGUCUCUGCAGAGGCUGAAGGAGGCCGUGCGGGGCGAGCUGGACUGCCAGGUUUGCUACUCGUUGAUGGUGGACCCGUUGACCACGCCCUGUGGACAUACGUUUUGUCGCAGCUGCGUGGCCAUGGUGCGGAGCAACAGCGACCUCUGUCCUGUGUGCCGGCGCAAGGUGAACAUGGCUUCUUCGCUGGAGUCAGAACCCCUCAAUCAGCGGAUUGCCGCCCUCUUGGAAAUCCUGUUCCCGGACCAGCUUGCUGAGCGGAGGGCAGCUCUAGCGUUGGAGGCGGCGGACACGGACGGGGAAACGAAGCUGCCUCUCUUCGUGAGCUCGCUGUCUCUUCCGAACAUGCCGACUUUCCUCCAUGUUUUUGAGCCCCGGUAUCGGCUCAUGAUGCGAAGGGUGAUGCUUAGUCCGUCGCGCAAGUUCGGCAUGGUGAUGCUCAACCGUGCGCGGCGUGUGCAGCCAGAGCUGGGGAGGUCGCAUUUCAUGCAGUACGGCACGGCCUUGGUGGUGGAUCGGUAUGAGCUGCUUCCGGACGGAAGGAGCCUUGUCAUUGCCACGGGAGUAUCCCGCUUCAGGGUGACCAGGUCGACCGUUGUGGAUGGUUACCAUGUGGGAGACAUCCAGCGCGUAGAAGAUGUCUCGAUCACCGAGGAGGAGCGGCAGGAGGCUGUAGAGACGUCAUCGGCCGUUGCACCGCCCUCCGCGGAGGAUACCUCAACGGAGAAGCCGUUAGAGUCCAUGUCGACGCAGCAGCUGUUCCAGUUGGCGCUGGACUUUGUCCGCAAGCAACGCGGCAAGGCCGCACCGUGGCUCCAUCCACGGGUUCUACUAGCCUACGGAGAUGUGCCGAGCGAUCCUGAUCGGUUUCCCUGGUGGUUUGCCAGUGUCUUGCCCGUGUGGGAAGAAGAGAAAUACGCGCUUUUACCGACUACCAGCGUGCGAGAAAGACAGAAGAUCACUGCCAAGUGGGUGAGGAAACUGGAGUCCCGGGAAUGGGCCCCUCGCUCUCGUCCGUCUCUAACGCCCCUUCUAUGGCUGGCUGUCCCUCUGGUCAUCUUCUGCUUUCUUCCUAUGAUAUUGAGCCCAUUGGUGUCGGUCAAAUCCUUGCCGUCUGUUAGCGUCCUCACGUCGUUUACGCCGUUUCCCUUGUCGGUUUCGAUCUCGUUUGGAUCCGCAAACUCAGGGACCUCUGAUGGUCGUGAAGCACGAGCGCAGGACCGUAAAUCCGAGACCUACCUUUCCCAGACGGUCGUUUUGGGCGUAUUCUUGGCUAUCUUCGUAACGCAGGUCUUUGUCAAUGCCGUCCAGAUUGUCCGUUCUCGACGGCUAAGAGCCCAUCCUGGGCCGGUCGAGCAGCCGGAGAGGCCGGAAACUGAGGCCGAAAGACAGACACGGAUCAACCUACAAGAAGUGUUGGGGAUCGACACUACGGAUUGAAGAUGAUUGGCAUUGGACUUUUGAAUAUUUUACGUCAAUUUUCCUCACGGAAAAGCGUGUCCUUCCCCCCAUGCCUAAACCCCCUUCCGUCUGGAUGAGUGGGUCCAGCCCGAUAGCAAGGGACCACCCUAUCGAUGGCGGUCAGCGACUCCAACGUCAAACCAAACCCCAGGCGGCAUACUAGAUUUCUACUUGAAUCAGGCAAGACUGCACUUGAAUCUGUGUUCGCAGAUUGCCACCGCGCUUCUGCGUGCCGUGCAUCGGUGAUGGACGCAAGUCCCAGAAAGUCGCACGCAAUUCUCGAGGGAUCAACCGCCGAUCAACCAAAUGCCUUGCUCAGGGAUAAGGGUCGCAUUUAGCCCUCGCGAGGAGGGUGACGCUGUAGGCCAGGGGGUGCCCAUCUCCAGUUGAGCAGAGUGGGGCGGGCGUCUAAUCUCUGGGCGUUUUCUGUCAUGGAAUGCGGAAGCCUGCAGCUAAAUUUCGACCGUUGUGAGACAGAGAAGAACUGUAUAUAGAUUGUAUAGAAAAUUCCAGGUAUGUUUGUGCCUAAUGUGGCGCCAUCAACCAAAGGCCGUAACACUCCCUUGCGUCGCAUAGGGCUAUUCCCGGUGGAUCUUCAAUAAUUGACGAACUGAUCGAUUGGCGUUGUUUGUUCUCAGGCUGAAGCCAGCGGUACGAAUGACCGCCGCCCAGAUUAGUGCAAAUUUCAGAUGGCG